AUGGCCGCCGUCACACAUCUAUCCAAUUUGUGCUUCUCUAAUGGCUCAAUGGAGACGACAGCGCGUAGCAACCAACCAUCGAUGGCUUCUUCACUACUCGUGGCCCGUACGAUUCGCCGGAAAGCGUUCCCCGGCUGUCGGAUUAUCGGGAAAUGGAAGCCCUUACAUUCCCGUCCGAUGAGCACUGGCCGGACGGCGCAAACUCCACCCUCAUCUUCCCUGACAUAUCCUUGGCUGAUGCUCCCCCCCGUCUUGGAAUCCGAUUCCACCACCGCGGCUUACAAAUUCUACAGCCUGGGCGAGAAGAGGGUCGUAACCCUAACCUGCGAAGGGGCGGCUCGAGAAUUAACCGCCAGCUGCGGCGAUGUCAUGUUCUUCACGGGCUCUUCCCACGGCUGGGUCGGGCUUUGGAACCCCCACACCCACGAUAUGUUCCUCUACAACCCCAUAUCCCGCCGCCACAUAAAGCUUCCCCCAUUUAACGACCUCCCCAAUUACAACCUCUACGCCGAUGUAGAAUCGGCUAGCGUGGCUAAGAUCAUCCUCUCCUCCUCCCCGGACGACGAGGCCUGCAGGGCCGUGAUUAUCUACAAGCUGGACGGAAUGAUGGCCUUCUGCUGCCCGGCCCGGCCCAACAACACGUGGAUUCCAAUGGGUGACCCGUUGGGCCCGGACGACGGGGUGAAUCCGGGUGGCAGCUACAUUGACUGCGUCUACUCCCCGGGCCACGGGAUCUUCUUUGCCUUCACACGAUACUUUAACUUGGAGUGUUGGGACCUGCAGGACCCGUGUUCCCCUGCUUCAACUAGGGUUGCUGAUGAUUUGAGUCUGCGCGGGUCUCCUCAGUGGGAGCCCAAGCUCACGACCCGGCUGGCCGUCAUGGGCCGGGACAUCCUCUUUGUGACUCCACACAGGGCUGACGUGGUGGACUUGGAGGGCCUGUGUUGGGUCGACUCUAUGGACUAUGGACAGAUAAAAUUAAAGCCGAUCCCCUACUUCCUUACUAUUGAUUUUGAUGUGGAUAGAUAUGACCCGAAAGGUGGGGAUCUGGUGAGGUGCUUCUCGCUCGGGAAUUGGGCUCUCUUUGUGGGGGCCUUUUGCCACGCGGUUGCAUUGCCUGCGGCCCAACUGCCCGGGAUCAGGCCCAACACCAUUUACUUCACGAAUAUGGACGGCAUCGAGGUGUUUAAGAAUGUUAAACUGAUCAACGGCAACGACAUUGGCAUUUUUGAUUACAAGAAGAAGACAGUGUCACCGUGCUAUUAUCCAGUCGAGGUCCGGAGACUCGAGAAGAUUUUCCCAGCGCCUAUGUGGUUCUUCCCCAGCCUUGCCUCUAAUUGA